AUCCGAGAAAAUUUGAAAAAUCAUGGCUCAAACAUUAGAAGCCACCAAGGUCGGUGGAGGUUCGAUUAAAGUGGGAACUACAGGUAAAGUCAGUGCAUUGAUGUCAAGAGAAUUACAUUCCAAGAAACCGUCUUCUCAGGCACCAGCGUCAUCUAGGAACAAAUCUCCUACUGUUUGUGGUUUCAUUGCUGGUAGCGCGACUAGUCCAAAGAGAAUGAAGCCGAGAACACCAAGUGAUGAAGCAAGCAGCAGCGGAACAACAUCUAAGCAUAAUAAUAAAAGCCCCGAAUCAUUAAGGAAGACGAAGCACAACAGCAGAAAAACACAUCAAAUUCCAAUACUAGAAUCAGAAAACAUUUCAGUAGAUGGAACUCCUAUUAGCAAGAAACCUGACAGAAAGGGACCUUACAUGGUGGAAAUCGUCGACGUAAAAUGCAGAAGUAUGGACAGAACUUGGGCUACCCCUAUAAAAAAUAGCCUAAAGAAGCUCCGUUUCACAAAGCUAUCUGACAGCUCGGUCUAACUGCUAUGUUGCUCAGACUCUCCAAAAAUGUAGUCAAAUUCUCCAAAAAUACAUUACUUUUGAAGAAUCCGACACCCACCCAGUGACAUUUUUGAAGAGUCGGAGCAACAUAGGAUCUAAGUACAUGACAAGCUUCAAACAUCAGCCUUUAGAUUCCUGUAAGUGAAUCUUGAAAUAGCAGCUGGUGGAUUACAUUCUGCAACUUCUACCAUUGAACACAUACUUGGCAUUAUCAGCUUACUGGUCCUCCUUUUCUUUUUGGGAUUCGCAAUCAACGAUCCAAGCCUUGGUCUGCUAGUAGAAGCCACAUCCAAAACUUGACGUGACUUGUGAGUUAUGUUACUCAGACUCUUCAAAAAUGUCGACUGGUGUUGCGUGUCGGAUCCCCCAAAAGUAGUAGGCAACAUUUUUGGAGAGUUCGAGCAAUAUACCUUGUGAGUAUGGCUUUGCUGGUUUAGUUGUAGCUUAUUGAAGUACUCCAUUUCUCGUAACACGAGGGAUCCAACGGUUCCUCUGCUGCCUAUCUCAACAAGAGGAUUAUUUGCAGCAAUCUUCUCAGCAACUGUAAAGCCUAAGCCAUUAGCUUUAUACUCAAAUCUUUGCAUUAUAUGAGGGAAAAUUAUGGUAUGAAGUUGAAAAAAAGUGUUUGUUUGA